CCUAGCUCUCACGGAACGCGAUCGCUGCCGCCUGCGCGAUCGCAUGGCUGACGAUGAUCUUCCUCAGGCGCUUGUCCAGCGCGGGCUGCGCAAGGAGUUGAUGCCGCGGCAUGUGGCGUUCGUGAUGGACGGGAACAGGCGGUGGGCGGAGGCGCGCGGCCUGACGACGGCGGAGGGGCACGAGGCCGGUAGUCGGGCGCUCAAGAAGAUACGGCAGCUCUCAGUUGCCUGGGGCAUCCGCGCCAUAACGGUGUUCGCCUUCUCGCAAGAGAACUUCAGGCGCCCCGAGGAGGAGGUCGACUGCUGCAUGGAGCUGAUCGAGCAGGGGAUCCGUGAUGAGAUGGAAGAGUACACGAGGAAUGGAAUUCGGCUGCAUGUCAUUGGCGAUCCCUCAACCCGGCCAGCUUCUCUGCAGGACGCUGUUCGGGAGGCCGAGGAGAUGACGAGGAACAACUCGCGGUUCCGUAUGAUCCUAGCGACCGGCUACAGCGGGCGGUGGGACAUCGUGCAAGCGUGCCGGGAGCUCGCCGCCAAGGUGCAGGACAAGCUGCUCAAUCCGGAGGACAUCGACGAGGCGAUGCUCGCCGGCCACCUCUCCACGAACGUCCUGGGAGAGUUCGCAUGCCCCGACCUGCUCAUCAGAACAAGCGGCGAGCUGAGGCUCAGCAACUUCUUGCUCUGGCAGUCCGCCUACACCGAGCUCUACUUCACCAACAAAAUGUGGCCUGAUUUUGGGGAGGAUGAGUACAUCCAGGCGUUGAAAGACUUCCAGAGCAGAGAGCGCCGGUUUGGCCAAAGGAAACCAUCGUCAGCGUAGUACUGUAAUUAAUAAAGGUGUACAUAUGCUUAAACGAUUUGAACUGUAAGGCAUUUUUCUCAAAGUCAAGUUGCUUCGGAACAGGAUUAACCGAGAAUAAAAGAGGGCGUAUGAUUUUUGA